AUGUGCUGGCGAUAUGACUCUCGGAGCAUCGCUCCACAGUUGGGGACGCCAGCAGGGGACAUCUAUGAAGGCUCCACCUUCACCUUCGAUAAUAUCUUCCCCCCUAUGGUCACAACGGAUCAGAUCUACAAGCAGGUCCUGUCAGAGAUUGUGCAGUCGACGGUGGAAGGAUACAACGGUUGCAUCUUUGCUUACGGGCAGACGUCAAGUGGCAAGACGUUCACCAUGUCUGGCGCACGAUCAUCGCCUGGUGUGAUUCCUCUUGCUACUCAAGAGGUCUUCUCGCACGUGAAAUCGUAUCCCGAUCGCGAGUUCUUCUUCCGCCUGAGCUACAUCGAGAUCUACAACGAGGUCGUGAUUGACCUCCUCGACCCCACCAAGACUGGCCUCCAGAUCAGAAGCAGCGAUGGGUCGAGCGUUGUCAAGAUCCUCGGGGUUACAGAGAAGGUGGUGACGUCAGCGGCCGAAGUCAUGACGACGAUCUCCAUGGGGGAGACGCACAGGUCCGUGGGAAGCACCGACAUGAACGAGAAGAGCUCGCGCUCCCACACCAUCUUCCGCCUCGUCAUCGAGAGCAAGCUGAAGGAGGUCCACUCCGCCAGCGGCCCCGAGUACCGAGUCAGCUCGCUGAACCUGGUGGACCUGGCGGGGUCCGAGAGCGCGUCUAAGUCGGGAGGGGUGGGGCAGAGGAGGACGGAGGGGUCCUACAUCAACAAGAGUCUCUUGACGCUGGCAACGGUGAUCCAACGGCUCAUCACGGCCAGUGGGCACAUUCCGUACCGAGACAGCAAGCUGACUAGGAUCCUGGAGCCAGCGCUGGGGGGCAACUCAAGGACAGCCAUCAUCUGCACCAUCACCCCGGCAGCCCAGCACUUCCCCGAGUCGAUGAACACGCUGAAGUUUGCGGCCCGGGCGAAGAGGAUGAAGAACAAGCCGAUCCUGAAUGAUGUGAAUGUGAGCGGGUCGUUGAGUGCGGAGGACCUCCCGCUGCUGAAGAAGUACAGAGACGAGAUAGAGAACCUGCGGGGGGAGAAGGAG